GUUUGUGUUUUUUUAUAUUUGCCGUUAUUUUCUAUUUUUAGAAAAUAACCAAAACAAGUACAAAAAAUGCCAUUGUUUUUAAUUUGGCAUAUAUUAGGAAAUCAACAAAAAAAACAUAAAAAAUCAAUUAAGCAUUAAAGUGCUUUGAAGUUUUUGAAGCCAAGUCGUUGGAGGUUUGUUUACAAAAAACAAUAAACAAAUAGCGAGACCAAUAACAACAACAGCAAGUGUUAGUACUCGAGGAGAGCAAUAGCAAAAUCCAAUUCAAAGAGAGUUGCUGCCAAAUAUGCUAAACAAGAGAGGGCUUUUUACUGGAGUGUUGGGGAAUAAGCUCGAGAGUCUGUGGCAAUGGACCGCGCAUAGUGUACAUGGAAAAAAAACAUGCGACUCUAAAUCGCUUUAGACACACCAGUCAGUCUUCCAUUUGAGUUGGGUGACGACGACAACACAAACAAGAAAGCAACAAACCUCAGUGCGAGACGCGCGAACAGCAGAGAAACGCGCACUGCUGCUGGCUGGACAUGAGAAAACCCCCAACGAGUGAAACCACAAACGUUCGCUCUGUGUCUGAAGCGUUCAAAGGCAGUUGGAUGAAUGAAAGCGUGUUUUCGAAAAACCCAAAAAACAAGUUGAGAUUUCAAUUGCAGCCAUCCCUGCAAAACACAAAGAGAGAGCGUAAACGAGAAAGCUUAUGAAGGCAAGAGAAAAAACCAAAUAAACAAAAAGAGAUUUUCAAUAAAACUAAAGAGAAAGAGUGUUUAGUGCAAAGAAAAAGCUUUGAUCCCCCACCCCCCCACCCCCUCUCAAAAGCAUAUGUCAACAAUGUUUGUAAAGAGCCAAAGAAAGUUAUGCGAAUGAGGCGCAUGCGUGCAUACCUCAAGUGUGUUGUUCAACGAAUUUCUUGUAACCAAGGCUUGGGGGAUGCUGGUCAAGCAUUUUAGUGCCCACAGCAAGUCACACAACUUAAUAAGAAUAGGCCUUAGCAAGUGUUGAAGUGUAUACAAAUGUGCGUGUGUGUGAGUGUGCGUGUGCAAGGAGGUCUUUGCUAAUGGCAGUGCAGCUCAUCUUCAGAGUGUAUGAAUCAAAUCGAAAACCAUUUGAAGGGCAAGGCCAACAACAAUUCUUAAUGAAACAAGAGACAUCAAUCGACUGAUAAGAAAAACAAAAACAAAAACCUCAGAAAGAGAGAAUAUUUAAUUAUGAAUGAUAUAUUUCCCAAGUGCUAUCAAUCAAAGAUUCAAGUCUGCAUAUCUUAAAGACCCAUAGAGAAGCAAAAAAAAUUUGUUUUUUUUUUGUUUUUUGAAAACAUUGAAUAACAUUUUGAAAUAUUUGUUGGCUGGCUGAAUCGCAUGCAGCGCAGCGAGAGAAAAUCCAAAACAAGUUCGAUAAAUGGCCACUGAUUAACAUAUUCAAAUGACUUACAUACCAAGAUAGAAAGUGACCCCAGAUAAUUGGAUGCGAUCGUAAACGAAACAAAAAAAUGUCCAAUGUUUUAUUAACAUAAUUUUUAUGAAAAUAACAUUUUAUUAGGAAAGUUUUACGGCGCUACUAGCAAUUCAAACAAAAGCAAAAGUCCCCCCAAACUGGCGGGCUUAUUACCGGGCGCAUUGGAUUAUGGUUGUUGACAAUCAUAACACAAAGAAACUGAAACUGAAGCAGCAGCAGCAACACCAAAAAAAAAGAAAGAGACACACAACAACAACAAAUCGAAAAAAACAGUUUCAAUUUCUUCGGUCUUUCACCCAAACGACAGGCGCCUGUGUAUGGUCAGGUUUCAUUUGAGAAAACAUUCGAGGCCGAUAGCAAGAGUGAGCGCACCAUCAAAUUCGGUCAUCUUUUAAGUAACAUUACAAAGUCUGGCAUUAGCAAGGUCGUACGUUCUGUGAAAUUCUAAGAAGCUAAGAAAAAAAAAAAGAAACCAAAAACAAACCACAUUUUCAUUCAAACAUUCUUAAGAAAAACAAAACAAAACUUGGAAAAAAAACAAUUCAAGCACACCUUUUAAAGCUCUAGGUUCGCAAUGAAACCAUUUAUAGGCUUACUUUUAAUCGUCUUUGCCUUGGCCAAUGGCCAUACUGAUGGCCAUCCCAGUACUAGCACCAGUGCAAGUGUGCCACGACAUUCAAAUAUUCCCCACCAUCAUACAAUGCAAACCAUCAACAUCAAGGACAUCAACAACAUUGCAGUACCCACAGCCCCCACAACCACCAGCACCACUAGCACCAGCAGCAGCACCAGCAGCAGCGAUAGCAGUAGUAGUAAUAGCGAAAAUAAUACCAAAAAUGUAUUUAAUAACGAUAGUGUUAAUAGCUUCAUUGUAACGCCCAUGCCAACAACAUCUGCAUCUGCAUCAGAAUCACCAGCAUCAGCAUCAGCACCAGCAUUGGGUUCUGCAUCUCCAGCUGCAUCUGCAAUUAAAGUGGCGGCGGCCCCCACAUUGACUAAAGCUGCACAAAAAUCCUCUUCAUCCCCAUCCAUUAAAGCCGGAUCAGCUGAUAUACCCAUCACCAUACCAACAUCAUCGACUUUACGCGAUAAACGAGACACCAAUUUCGGGUUGGAUCAGUCAGAGAUAGCAAGGCAAAAUCAAAUUACCCAACAGCUAUUGUCCAGCUAUUUGGAAAGACGUCUAUUUCCCAAUAUUGGCGUAACACAGAAGAUACCCACAAUUGCGGAGAUUUUGCCCAAGGUGGCGAGUUCCACCACCUCCACAACCACCACUACCACAAGCAGGCCCAAAUCUAAAUCUUUGAGAAGACCAAGGCCCAGGGGCUUUUCAGUUUCCUCCUCUUCCCUGAAAAGAGGCAGCUCCAGCUCUAGCUCCAGUCCACGAAAAACCUCCAGUGGCAGUGUUAGCACUAGGAAAACUCCCAAUUCUCUGCAGGAACUUUUGAAGUUGCGUCGUAAGCAAAAUGAAAAACCAAACGAAGAGGAUUAUGAGGAGGAUGCCGAACAAGAUGCUGACGAAGACGCCGAACAAGACGGUGACUAUGAGAGUGGUGAAACCGAUGAGGAUGACAAUGCCAACAAUAGGACCAUUAACUAUGGUCAUCGCCAUCAACAUCAUUAUCACAGCUAUCGCGAUGAAUUGGACGAAGAGGAUGAGUACAGGGCCAGAUCCCGUUAUCGUCCUCAUCAUCGCUAUCGCCAUCAUCAUGGCUACCAUCGCCACCACUAUGACGAUGACAUUGACCAGGAUGGCCAGGAAGCCUUACAGAGUGUAGAGUCUGAGCAGCAUGAUCACUACUACAAGACAAAGGGUGAUAUCUUUGCCAGAGAUCCAAGUGAGAACGAGAUCGAUAGCGAUUGUCCACAUUGUGUCGAUGAGACGCAGUACAUGAACAAAUGGACAAUGCCUCUGCUUAAGCUUGGCGAAAAACGCUAUUAUCUUGGCAUCUUCUUCAAGGCAAAUUGGUUUAAGGCCACACAAUAUUGUCGUUACCAUGGCAUGCAUUUGGCAAGCAUAUCAUCACAGGAAGAGAAUGAUAGACUGGAAAAGCAUAUCAAAGAUUUUGGUUUGGGCAACGAACACUUCUGGAUAUCUGGCACCGAUUUAGCCGAUGAGGGUAACUUCUUUUGGAUGUCAACCGGUCGACCCAUAACCUUUACCAAUUGGAAUGCGGGCGAGCCAAAUAAUUUCCGCUAUGAAAAUGGCGAGGAGGAGAAUUGCAUGGAGCUAUGGAAUCGUGAUGGCAAAGGCUUGAAAUGGAACGACUCACCCUGUAGUUUUGAGACAUAUUUUGUGUGUGAGGUACAGCCCUGAGUAAUGCCCAAACGGAGGAAGAUCAAACCCGCAGGACCAACAGCAUUAUCUAAAAGAUAGAAUAAACAAUUUUUUAGUGAUCGAACGACGUGUAUGAAACGCAACGCAACGCAAGUGAAUGCAUUCAUUUUAGAAAACCAACAAAUUUUGUAAACCGAAACAAUUUCUUACAUACAUAUCAUGCCCUCUACCACACACACACACACACACACACACUCUCUCUCCGCCUCUCCCCAUAUCAGCAACUCAUAUCAACUCACUGCGAUUAUUUGUCAAUUAAGAUAAGUUCACACAUAGCUCUCUCUCUCUCUCUCUCUCACACACACACACACACUCUGUCAUUCAUUUAGUUAAGAAAAUUAUGCUUAAAUGUUUAAGACUUUUGUUUCGAUUAUUCUUAAAGAUUUUGUAGUUAGUUAAGUGGUAUGAAAUUGCAUAGAGAAAACGAGAAUUGAAUUCAUUCAUACAUCACCCACACCAACACCCACACCCACACGACCCUGCACCACCCGCAACCAAGCAACCCAACACAACCGACAUUCUGUUAAUCGUAACUCUUAACAAACAAGUAUAGUUAGUCCAUCCCCCCUUGGGAGGGGAUGGCAUAUAAAAGCAAAGUAUCUUUACAAUUUAUCAUUAUUCUCUCUAUUCUUAGCCCUAAGUAAGUUGUGUGUGUUUUCAUGUACUCGUAUGAGAACAAAGUUACAAAUGUAUGUCUUUAGUCUGUAUUUUAUUUAGUUGUAAUUAUUUAUCUAUAUACACAAUACGAAAAAAAUGUUCAAAAAUUGAUAUUGUUUAAAAUUUGAGAAAUAAAAUAUAUUUAAGCUAUGUAAAACACAA